UUUUCUACAGAAGAACGAGGCAGGAAAAGAGAAAUGGCGCGGAUCAGUUGGAGGAUUAGUAGAAGCUCCAAUCGACCAAGUGUGGAACUUAGUAUCACAAAGUAGUAGACUGUCCGAAUGGAUGCCAAUGGUGGAAAGAUGCACUGAUUUAGCUGGAGAAGAAGGAAUUCCAGGCUACGUUCGGCUAGUUUCUGGUUUCAUGUUUCCUCAAAAGGAUGGAGACAGGUCCUGGAUUAAGGAAAAACUAAUUUCUAUGGACAUUUCAUCACAUAGUUAUGUUUACAAAAUGGAAGCAAGCAAUGUAGGUCUUGAUGGAUCAACAAAUUCGCUAAAACUCUUUGAUUAUGAAGAUAAUACAACUCUUGUCAACUGGACAUUUGAAAUAAAUCCACUGGAAGGUGCAUCAGAGGACACAAUUAUAGAUUACUUGGGAUUUCUUUAUAAAUCUUGUAUUACUAGAAUUAAGUUUGCUAUUGAUGCCUCCUUUCAGAAGUGA